ACACACCCACGACAAAAAUCUCUUCCCCACUAUAAACCCAUACAUUAGGGCGCGCUUUUACCGGGCCUCUCUCGCCACCGCAUCUCCACCGCGUCUCCGCCGCAGUUCCGUCCAUCUCUGCCACCGCAGCUCCGUCCAUCUCUGCCACCGCUUCUGCUUAUCUCACUCGCUCUUUGUUUCUAUAAUUCUUCUACCGAUCUCAACAAUGAGUCUUUCAGCAUGGGCAGAGCUAUCACGUUGUUUCGCCGCCGCAGCAUCCGCGAAACCUAAUUCCGGCAAGUCCAACCCCACAGCCGCAACAAGCCUCGUUAUAAACAGUCCAAUAGGUCGUGACGGUGCCGUUUUGUCAGUUUCUCGGUCGAGGAAGACCAGCAGAAUAGUCGUGGAAGCUAGUCAAGGUCUUACUUAUAGGGACGCCGGCGUGGACAUCGAUGCCGGUGCCGAACUCGUGCGUAGGAUAGCGAAGAUGGCGCCAGGGAUUGGAGGCUUCGGCGGUUUAUACCCUCUCGGUGAUUCGUACCUCGUUGCCGGAACCGACGGCGUGGGAACGAAGCUGAUGCUUGCGUUCGAAACUGGAAUUCACGAUACUAUUGGGAUUGAUCUGGUUGCGAUGAGUGUGAAUGACAUUGUGACUUCGGGGGCGAAGCCUUUGUUUUUCCUUGAUUACUUUGCAACUGGCCGCCUUGACGUGGACGUGGCGGAAAAGGUUGUAAAAGGCAUUGUUGAUGGUUGUAAGCAAUCUGAUUGCGUUCUUUUAGGAGGAGAGACUGCAGAGAUGCCUGGUCUCUAUAAAGAAGGUGAGUAUGAUCUUAGUGGCUGUGCAGUUGGAAUUGUGAAGAAAGAUUCUGUAAUUAAUGGGAAAAAUAUAGUUGCCGGUGACGUUAUUAUUGGUCUACCAUCGAGUGGAGUUCACUCUAAUGGUUUCUCACUUGUAAGAAGAGUACUUGCUCAAAGUGGUCUUUCACUGAAAGAUCAGCUUCCUGGUAGCAAUAUUACAAUUGCAGAGGCUUUGAUGGCCCCAACUGUGAUCUAUGUCAAACAGGUACUGGAUUUAAUUAGCAAGGGAGGGGUGAAGGGAAUUGCCCACAUCACUGGUGGCGGUUUCACAGAUAACAUACCCCGAGUUUUUCCGGAAGGCCUCGGAGCAUUAAUAUACGACGGCUCGUGGGAAGUGCCUGCAGUGUUUAAGUGGCUUCAGGAGGCUGGGAAGAUAGAAGACUCCGAGAUGAGACGGACUUUUAAUAUGGGCAUAGGGAUGAUCCUGGUGGUUAGUCCAGAGGCAGCUAACAGAAUACUCGAGAACAGAGGCCAAACAGACAAAUUCUACCGCAUUGGUGAAAUUAUAAGCGGCAACGGAGUCACCUUCAGCUAAUUUUUUUAGUUGAGUUUAUUUAACGUUGUAAUUUUAAUACUUUAAUAUAAAGUUCCUCUCAGGAUGGGAUUUGAACUCUUGGUUUACUUGGAGCCUAAUAAAUUUCCAAACAUAAAUGUUACAACAUUUGACAACAA